UAACAACAACAACAACAACAAAAAUCAUACCCGAGAAACUUUCUUCCUAGUUGCCAAAAAUGACGCUCCCCAUCCCUACUUAGCGGCGGUAAUGUGACACCGAAACGAAUCCCUGAGACACGGGCUGAGAGGAGAGAGAGGGCGAGAAGGGAGUCGAGGGGAGGUGGAAGAGGAGGAGGAGGAGGAGGAGGAGGAGGAGGAGAAGGAGAAGGAAAACCCCUGUCAAGGAGGUGGAGCGAGGGAGAUGGUGUCCGCCUCCUGUUCUUCCCUGCCGUUUUUCAGGGGAGCCUGAACGGGGACAAAACACGCUGAACUCGACACAAAGCAGGGGGGCACACGCUGGCGCUGGCGCUAGAGGCGAGCCCUGGAGGCUAGGGCUGGGACUGGGAGCGAGCCGGCCUGGGAGCCAAGCGCCAGGGCUAGAGAAGCGGGUCUGAAACUCCGCGCCCAGGACGGAGCCUUGGAGCCUCGGAAGGAAGGCAGCAGAGCCCCGGAGCCUGAGUGUGCAGGGACACUCUUGGCAGGGAAGGCGGCGGCGGCGGCGGCGGCGGCGGCGGCAGCAGCAGCGAUGGAGAGGAAAGUCUCCUGAGCAGCACCAGCAAACUUCAGCGGUGCCCUUAGCUUCCCUGGCCUCCCUCCCUCCCUCCCUCCCUCUGCGCUUCUCUCCCCGCGCGCCUUGUGCUGUCUUUCCCCAUGUGCAGCCUCCCCUCUGAAGCUCUCCUUUUCUCAGGCGAAUGGGUGACCCUUUCCUGGCAGGGGCAGGCAGUUUGAGGCGGUGGAGCAGGCGAUGAAGAAAAAGCAGCAGCAGCACCAUCACAGCAGCACCGACCCCUGGACCCAUGUGGCCCCCCUGGGGGGACCCCCUCCGGGGCCGGGCAGCUGGAAACGCCCCGGCUCCCUGCUGCCUUUUCUGCGCUUCUCCCUCCGGGAUUACGGCUUCUGCAUGGCCACCCUUUUGGUCUUCUGCCUGGGUUCCCUCUUCUAUCAGCUCAACGGGGGACCCCCUCGCUUCCUGCUCGACCUGCGGCAGUACUUGGGUAAUUCCACUUAUUUGGAUGAUCAUGGACCAUUUCCUAGCAAGGUUCUUCCUUUCCCAAGCCAAGUGGUUUAUAAUAGAGUUGGAAAGUGUGGGAGCCGUACUGUAGUCUUACUUUUGAGGAUCUUGUCAGAAAAACAUGGAUUCAACUUGGUAACAUCAGACAUUCAUAACAAAACAAGACUGACCAAAAAUGAACAAAUGGAAUUGAUUAAAAAUAUAAGUACUGCAGAACAGCCCUAUUUAUUCACUCGACAUGUUCAUUUUCUCAACUUCUCCAGAUUUGGAGGAGACCAACCUGUAUACAUCAACAUUAUCAGAGAUCCUGUCAACAGAUUUUUAUCAAACUACUUUUUCCGUCGAUUUGGCGACUGGAGAGGGGAACAGAACCAUAUGAUCCGCACACCAAGCAUGAGACAGGAAGAGCGAUAUCUAGAUAUUAAUGAGUGCAUUCUUGAAAACUAUCCAGAAUGUUCCAACCCAAGAUUAUUUUAUAUCAUACCAUAUUUUUGUGGACAACAUCCAAGAUGCAGGGAGCCUGGUGAAUGGGCCCUUGAAAGAGCAAAGCUGAAUGUGAAUGAACAUUUCCUGCUUGUGGGAAUCCUCGAAGAGCUGGAAGAUGUACUGCUUUUACUGGAAAGAUUUUUACCUCAUUACUUUAAGGAUGUGCUCAGUAUCUACAAAAACCCAGAACAUAGGAAACUUGGAAACAUGACUGUGACAGUAAAAAAGACCGUCCCUUCUCCUGAGGCCAUUCAAAUUCUCUACCAACGUAUGAGAUAUGAGUAUGAAUUUUACUACUUUGUCAAAGAGCAAUUCCACCUGCUCAAGCGCAAAUUUGGACUCAAGUCUCAUGUCAGCAAGCCCCCUGUGAGGCCACAGUUCUUUAUUCCUACUCCACUGGAAACUGAGGAACCAAUAGAUGAUGAGGAGCAAGAUGAUGAAAAAUGGUUGGAGGACAUCUACAAGAGGUGAUGCAAGCACCAUGCUGACCUCUGAUGGACUCAUACUUCUUUCUUGAGAGCGUUUUUGUUUGUUUCAAAAAGAAUCCUUAAGGGACUAAAUUAAUGCACAGGUGCAUUAAAAAGAACAAAACAUUCCCACAUGAUGGGGUGAAUGGGAGAUACCCGGUUUUGCGGGUUUUAUUUGUUUAAUUUUAUUGUGUGUCUUUCUCGGCUCCCUAGGAUCCUUUCUAAGUCCCCCUAGAUUGCUCCAUCUCAAAACAUCUCAUCAUAAAAUAGCUUUCACUGUUGUGUUUGGGAAGGACAUUCUACUUUCAAAUAGCCUGCCAUUUGCAAAAUAACUCAUGCAGAAUAUUAAUUGCCUCCACGGUAAUAGAAAAAUCUAGGUCUGUCUUAAUAGGAACAUAAGCCAGUUUUCACAAGGAAAAUCCAGGGGAAUUUUAAGGAUCAUAAAAUAAUGCAGGUCACAAAGGAAACAGAAUAGCCAGCUUAGAUUACAAAAGCAUAUAAAUAAGAAGCAGUUCCCGGAGUGAAUUGGGCCCAUCAGCACAGAUGAACUUUUGCCUUGGAAGCUUCAAGAAUUUCAACUGGUAAAUGGGGUUCAGUUGUUUCAUCAGUACCUUUGCUCUUAGGAGUAAGCAUAGAAGAACAAUAGUAUAAGCAUACAUCGCUAUGGGCUCUGCAUGCUGUACACUGAACCAAUUUUGUGUUUUGCACUACUUGGAAAGCUCAAAAUAUAUGCCAAGCUCCGCUGAGAUAGCUAAUUCAGUCACCUGGGUGAGAAAAAGAAUCUUUGGGGAGUCCCCAAGUAGAAAGGGCAGUUUCAGUACUAAGGGCAAUCUCAAAUUACUACCUUAGGCACAAGACAUCAGACCUCCUGAAGAAGUCCUACCACUAGCUCAGGCUAGUCACAAUGACCAUCUCUAAUUCAGCAAUCUACAGAGUAAAGAUGAGGCUUCUUUAAAAGACACAAAGGGUUAAAAAAAAUCCCUUUUUUUUUUAACAGGAUUUACUUUUGAACCAAUUUAACAUCGUAAGAUUAUAUAGACCCCUUUGAAAGCCUGGUGAAGCCUAUGGACCUCUUUGCAAAGUAUUCAUUUUAAAUGCAUAAAAUAAAAUACAUAGAAAACCAAUUAUACCAAUGAUAUUGAAAUGCAGCUACCAAACUAUCUAAUACAAACUUUUAAUUGUACAGAUAAGAAAAAUGAAGCCCUCAAACUGGCCCAAGAUUAUACAGAAUUCAAACUCAGAACCUCCACACCAAAUCCAGCAUGCUUUCCAUUAUACCCUCAAUAUUAAUUAUGGGUUUUGUUAAAAAAAAAAUAAUCUUUAGCUUCUGUUUUAGAAUUGAAAUUAAGUUUCCAUUCAAAGACAGAAGAGCAGUAAGAGCUAGGUAAUUGGGGUUGAGUGACUUGCCCAGAGUCACACAAUUAAGAAGUAUCUGAGGCCAGAUUUGAACCUAGAAUCUCCUAUCUCUAGACCUGACUCUAUCCACUGAAAUACCUAUUAUAUUUUUGCUUCUAUUCCUUCAGUGAGCAGCUACUUUCAGAGACAAGGAUGAUGGACUCAGUGUAUGUAACAGCAGGACCACGGUUCUACCCCUGGCAAAAGAAACAGCCUUGUUUUAUCAAUAACCUUGUAAUACCAGCUUCAGCAACAGAAGGCUGCCAUGACAAAAAAGCAUGCUUUCUAAGGUACUGAUAUAGAACCCCAGUGCUAAAAUACCAGGCUCCACUCUCUUGAUUCCUGAUAUUGCAGAAUUUGAGAUGCAUUCAUUUGGAUUAAAAUGCAAACACCCCUAGAACAGGUUAAAUACUAGUGAAGAUUACUUGACAACCAUCUAAAAAUAAGGGAAAAGGAGGGCAUGCAGACCAACUUUGCCAACUUCACCAUUGGACCUACAAACUAGCCUGAAGGUGGCAGCAACAGCAUAUCAGUGGGGUCCAGUUUACACUAAAUCAAACUGGGCUUUCUACAAACUGCAUCUUUUGAGCUUCUUCAAAUACACAUAAAUUGUUCAGAGUUUUCCCCCUCCACUUAAAUUGGACGGUAGUCAAGACCUAAAACAAGUCAUCUGACAAUAGGCAAGUCCUCCCCAAAGCUACUUUAUCAUGAGAUGUAUUAAGAAGUCUCCAUGGCCUCAGGAAAUCAGCUUGGCCGUGAACCAGCCUGACUGUGUGAGCGGUACUUGGCAUCCAUUUGGGUGUGCUGCUCCAUCUUCAGAGGAGUGUAGUUCAGAAGAGCUAUAGUGUUCAAGGAAGAUAAGCAUUUAGAAGAAAUGUUCUUAAAAGAUUAAUGUCCUUCAUGUUCAUUCGAGGGAUUUAUGCACUACCAUUAAGGUACCCUAACAAGCAACCUGGCUAAUAACCAGUGUCAAGACACAAAAUGAGAAUCUGCUGCCUUGUGGACUUUAAGUGGUUUCUAUGAAAUUACAUGUAAAGAAAAAUCAUUAGUUUACACACUGUGGAACCUUAUAAUCAAAUAAGAAAAACUAUAUCCUCACCUUAAAAAUGAGCAAAGGUGAUCUAAAUCAUGCCAUCAUCAGAGCAGUUCUUUGAAUUCAUUUGGUCCCUUUGUGCCACCUCGUUGAAAUUUAAUCCCAAUCCUUUAGUCAGCUUCUCCUAUUAAUUCAAAGGCAUUUCUAUCUUGACCACUUAAUAACAAAAAAACAAAAACUGUUGACUGAUUUAGUUGCUGGGCCUUAAUGUUAUUUUUAACUAACAAACUGCCUCUAAGUUAUUCCUCUCUCGCCCUCCCUCAAAGGCAAGGUACUCCGUAAAUUUAUUUGGCACUUAAGGAAAAGUCUCUCUGGCUCUGGGCCCACACACGGUUUGUACAUCAUGAAAUAUAUUGUACAUUUUACAUAGUUUAAUUUAAAAGAAAAUACAUGUUAAGCUGGUUAAUCUUUGACUGCCUUAUUUAUUAUAACUUUUCAGCACAUUCCAAGGUUUAGUUACUCAGGAAGGAGUUAAUUAAAAUGAUUUUAUUUUAGUCUGCUGGAUGUUUUUUAAAAAGCAAAAGUCACUAUUAUGAGCCUUUAGCCUACUUUGUGUUGAGUACCGUGUAAGUGCUUGUAAAUCUUUUUUUUUUUUAAGAAGAAAAAAAAAGUUCAGUGUUUGACAUUAAUGAAAAUAAGAAAAUAUAUAAGGAACCAAAACAUUAGCUUAGCUGAAAUGAAAGCAAUCUGUGUUUGGGAUGAAAUGUUCUUUAACUUAUUCAGUACCCACAUUAAGGGUAAAGGAAUAUAAAUAAGUUGGCUUUUUUUUUUCUAGUCUGUUGAUAGCUGAAAAUAAAAACCUUGCAGUUCCACACAUAUACAGCCCUUUGGCUUCGUUGGUUGGCCAGGCUUUCCUUUUCCUAAUGUGAUAUUGAAAUGAGACCCUACUUUGUCUGUAAAUUUUCACAUAGGCACCAAAAGAGGGAUUGAAAAAUGAAUCCUUUGAGUGAUCAUCUGGUUGUUUUCAUCUAAACAGUAUCCAAAAAUUGGCUUAAUUGCUAUUUCCACUGAAUCCACUGCAGUAAUUCCAAUGUCAGGGAACCUCAGCCUGAAUCACAAUAUUUUAUGUCCAUCAGGUGAAUAACUUCCAAGCCUGUGUAUAUAAGCAAAAAUGGGGGGAAAGGGGGAUCAUUUCAAGUCCCAAACUGACUGCCUCAAACUCUUUCCUUUAAAGGGACAAAACAUUAGGAGUUUGUCCCUUCCCGAGCUGAACAGCAACGACAGCAAAAAUGCAAUGACUGGAGAGUUGUAUUUCUAGACCUUUUAUAGAAAAGAACUAUCAUCAGAACUUUCAUAAAAAAUGAAAUAGCUUAGAUUCAUACAUUUCCUAAGCACCCUACUCGAUGACCGUUCAGCGUCAUGGUCUUUGAACAAUUAUAGUGUCUACUUCCUUCCAGGGAAACAAUCUGCCAUACAUUGACACCAACUGGAAGAAUAAGUUAUUGUUCAUCAUAGAAUGCUUUGUGCUGAGAGAAAAUAAAUUAGUUGAGCCUCCAAUGUUGAGUAUUAAGUAGUGGCCUUUCCUUACUGUUGAAGAUUGUUCUGCAACCCAGGACAAUGAUGUAAAGACCUCAGAGAACUUUCAAUGGACUCUUCAAAAAACGCAACAAACCAAUCAUCAGUAACUGCAGUGAAAGAAACUCAGGAUACUUGAAAUGAGGGCUAUGUGGGGAGUUUCAGUUUGUUCUGUGGACACUGUGCUAGAUCCUGGGGAUACAAAGACAAUAUUGAAACAUGCCUUGCCUUGCCCUUUAGGAGUUUGUAUUCUAAUGGGGGGACAGCAUGUAGGAACAGGAACUGGACUUUUGAUUGCAUUGCAUAGAAAACUUCAAGAUGGGGAAUUUCCCUUUCUGAAUCUAGAUCAACAGCUUUUCAAUUCAGUCAUGGAGCUGCCUCGAAUAUUGAGGGUAAUAAUUUUCUCAAUUUAUUCAACUAGGAUAUGUCAGAGGCAGGUCUUGAACUCAGGUCUCUCUGGCUUUAAGACCUGCUCUUUGUCCAGUAUGUGUGUGUGUGUGUUGAGAUGAAAUGGACAAAGGCAGAGAGACAACUAGAGGUAGAAAGGUGUGUGUGUGUGUGAGAGAGAGAGAGAGAAGGGGGGGGGGGGAGAAAGAGAGAGAAACAGAGAGACAGAGAGACAGAGCGCUAAACUCAAGGUAAACUUGAAGAAGACCCUAGAAGCUCCACUCCACUGAUGAUCUCCCUGACUUCAACCAAUUAAUUAGAACUUAUUAAGCACCUGUUAUGGUGAGGAUUAAAAAAUAAAGGGAAAACUCUC